AUGGCGGCUAAUACGCCCCUUGGUCCUGCUAAAGUGGUGCUCCUAGCUGUACACUUUGCGACUGUCGCCGACAUUGACAGCUUGGCCUAUCUUAUAACCCAACAUGCUACAAUCUUGCGCCCAGAUCUGACGCUUCGCAUUAUUCUCACCUACCUACCCGAAACUCUCAGUCCGUCAACCUACGUGCCUCUUUUACAGGCCAUAAGCGCCAACGAGUCACUGUCGCAGCCAACUUCGGACUACCAGCUUGACACUUCUCACAUUCACAACAUCUCGGACGAACAAGCUUCGAGAAAAGUCAAGAAGCUUCACCUAAUCCCGCUUAAAAAUGACGAUGUGCAUUUUACUCAAGAAGCCGACUCACUCGCCUGUUUCCUACUUCUGAGAGCCUACAGGAUGGACGAGGAGGCGGGCAUGUUAGCCCACGUUCCUGAGCUACUCUCCCCGUUCCUUCACCUCUCACAAGAGCUCCAUACGUGGGCAAUCUCAACAGUACUUCCUCUGAUCCGUAGAAAUCAUGAGUACUAUCCUCAAAGAACGGCACGCUUGUCGCUGCUCGAGUUUCAGAAUUUACCCGACAGAAUGGCCAUUGACUAUCUACUCGCCGAGACUGGCGUUGUUGAGGAAGAGUAUGACCUGGCUGGUCGCGAUCUGAGUGGCUUGGUAGGGCCUUGGCUACAUAACGAUGCAAGGUGGAAACGUGAUGCUUUUAAUGAAGAUGUGUCAAGUGAUUCCGGCACAGAGCCUGAUCUUUCAUGUCCCGGAUGGGAACAAGCUAUGGAGUGGCUCACCUCCAAAGCGUCAACCUCCUGGCGAGUUGCCUUGAAAGCUAUUGAAUCCUGGGACGGGCCAUCGGAUAUUGAUUUGGGAGGUGAUGCUAGUUCCUGGCUUCAGGAGAACCAGCAACAGUAUUUGGACCGGUCCUAUGCCAGGGCUGUGCUGGCCUCAGCCUACCUCGUUCCCGAUGCUGAAGCAGAAGCAUUGGAGGGCGCAUUUAGAAUAUGCAACAAGAUUCGGUCCCUCUUAGACGAAGAUGUUGGCACAACACUUCAAUCGGCAGUUGCGAGUCUGGCACCCGUACCUCCCUUUGACAUGGAUGCCUCCGGUGGUGCAAAGGCUACAACAUAUUUGCGCAACGAUCUUCUACAAAGCACAAAUCCCCUCACAACUCCAAAGGAACAAUCUCUUGAUUUGUUACCUACUCUAAUACAAAGUGCUUACCUUCUUACUUGCUCAGGCGUCCCAUGUACAGUCCGCAAGGCAGGGGAUUUGGCAUUCAUUCAAGAUCAGCAAGAGCAAAAGUCUCAACUUGGUCGAUUUGUACGAAAUCUUCCCACUCGCGCAUCCGAUGACGAUGAUUUCUGGGUCCGGGCACGACAGGAAAUUCUAUGGUUACACAGCUGGGGAAACAAACCGGGCUCCGUUCAGGAUGGAACUUUUCAAGGCGUUCUUGGCAAUGUGACGCUCGAGUUUAUCGAAACAGAACUCUUGAAGGCCAUGCUCUCACGUUCACGCUAUUCUCUGGCGAGGUCUCUCUACGAUCAAGAAGGGCCGUGUGCCCCCCUUUCUGCGCCAGCUGUACUCAAUACGGUUCAAAACUCGGCUUUGAGCGCGUUCGAUAAUGCCUCGAACCCCAAUCGAACUAGGGGAGGCUUGAAGAAAUGUGACGAGAUUAUCAAAGCCUUUCCCAUAAUAAUGAACAAUACUCACCCCAUCAGACGACGUGUCGAGGCGUUAUUAAGAGCUACCCAUGCCCUGAGUGACUAUCGUCUUGUUCUUAAACAGGGCGAACCCUUUAGCCCGGUGGUCCUUCGAGUGCACUCUGAUCCUGUUUCCAUCAUCGAGAAGGUUUUGGAACAGAAUCCAAAAGCUUACACUCGUCUGCAAGAGUUUAUUGAACUGGGGAGCAAUAUGGUCGAUGCAGAUCUACCAACUCAAGCAAGGUCAGGCAUUCGUCAGCCAACAACAACUGACUUGAACUCUGUUCGGUCAAUGGUUGAGAAGCGCAUUGUUUCAAUUUGUGUCGGAGCGGCCUUACGUGAAGAUGACUUUGAAACCGCUUACUCCUAUGUAGUCAGCCGUCUAGGCGUUGACGAGACUGAGCGUAGGAAACAACAUAUCAGUAUUUCUGACGAAUGGUCAUGGAAGGCAGCACUGGAUGCCGGCAAAUAUGUGCGUACAGAGAGGUCUCAGAAACCAACACAUUUAGGCACGGCGAGUGGAAACCCAGAGAUUCGUCAUCUCGAACAGCGUAUUGAGUGCCUGGCAACUUCUCUGCGCAUUGCACCGCCUUCUCAACUUCAGGAAGUAUUGAAGACUUUCCGUCGCUGCGAAGAACAAUUAGACGCUGCAGUCAAGGAGGAAGCUGCCCGCGAGGCCGCUUGGGAUGCUGCAGGCGAUCUCUCCGGACUCCCUGGCUCGUUCGAUGCACCAAAUCCAGACAAGGCAUAUCCACCACGCAACAUUACUGCUAGUGCAACCGCUCGCCAAGCUGAAGAAGCACCGAUGUCUCUGUUCGACCUGUCCAGGGCCACGGCACGAGUUGCAUCAAAGAAUCUGACCGUGUUGUCAAGCCUGCAGGGUUCACUACAGAAUUCCUUCACGUCCGAUAAGACGAAUCCAGAAUCGGAAUCCUCUGAAUCUGAGCUGCAUGAGCAAAACAGAACAAGGAAGAGAGAUCAGCUAAGAGAAGCUGCGACUGGUACACUGGUGUCUGGCGUGGGCUGGCUCUUGGGAGCUAAUCCCAAUCGACCUGCCAGCGGACAACAGUAA